GAAGUCCAUAGCAUGAGCUGCUGGGUAUACUACUUGUGAUAAUCCCCAGACACAUGUCACAUUCAAACAUUCCCAUUCAAUAACUUACUAACCAAUCCACAUUGCUGCUCUCUUCUCUGUAUCUAUCUCGCAAGUGCGCCCGUCCAGAGCUGUCUUCUUUCAAUAAUAUGAAUAGUACCCCCUAGCAUCACGAAUCCCACUCUCCUCCUCACCUUGAUGCGCGCCUCCCUUACAGGUCGCUUGUACGCGUUCUGAGUCCUGCAGAAACGUCUGCCUACCUCUUCCGAGCCUGCAACUACCGCCGUCUGCUAGUGACAAUCAUAAAUCAUCUUCAGAUGCUCCUCUUCGGCCCAUAUCGAGAAUGACGGCCAACUCGAAUCGCUUUUCUACUUACACGAGUACUUCGGUCGGCACCGGGUCUGAAGGAAAGAAGGAUGAUCAGAAGAAGGACAUGUGGAGCUCUAUGCUCGACUCUGUCGCCAGCGGCAAGAGGUUACCCGAAAAGAACAUGCUAGUAUUGGGUGGCUCGGUCGAUUCCCAACGCGAAUUUCUCGAGGCCCUAUCGAAUAAUGGCCAAAGGAGGAACCUCGACCGCCAAAACAACUUACCGCCGAUAGCCAACAGCUUCGCUCUAGGGUACACAUACUACGACGUGCUGGACGCUGACCAAGAAGAUAUUCUGGCCCGUGUCUCGCUGUACCUCCUCAGCAGCUCGGCCCCCUCUUUCGCAUCUCUUAUUAAACCGCUAUUAACCCCUCAGUCAAUACCGAAUACCCUAAUAGUAAUACUGUUGGACUGGUCACAACCGUGGUCAUGGAUGCGCCAGUUGCGCGAGUGGCUUAUGUUGCUACGGAACGUCAUCGUGUCCCUCAGUCCCGAAUGCAGGGAAACGAUGGAGGAAGUCAUAAAUGGCUGGCGUGAGCGAGGACGAACCGGGGGAUCUGUGAAUCUAGAUGGCACAGGUGCGGUUGCCACCGAAGGUGAUGUCUCUUUGCCUCUGGGGCCGGGGGAAUGGGAGGAUGCACUUGGCCUGCCCCUUUGUGUGGUUUGUCAAAACUCCGAAAAAAUAGACUAUCUUGAAAAAACUCAGGGUUGGAAGGAGGAAAAAUUCGACUUGGUCCUUCAAUAUCUAAGAACUGCUCUUCUGCGGCACGGUGCGUCUCUGAUAUAUACUGCGCCAACGAUGACGACGCCGCUACAGAGUCUUGUUCAUGCAAGCCUGGGCAUACGUUCACUACUCAAGCGAGCGCCCUUGAAACACAACGUCAUUGACCGAGACAAGAUAGUUGUCCCACCCAACUGGGACUCAUGGGGGAAAAUUCGAGUAUUGCGUGAUGGAUUUGACGUGGAAAAUGUCAGUGAAGGCUGGUCUAUAGAUAUCAACCAGCCCUCUUCUGCAAAUAGGCCCCAAGCAAUUAAUGGCAACGGGGAAAGUUCGUCGUUUCUAGGUAAUGACAUGCCUGAGCCUGAAGGCUCUGCGGUUGCUAUGUACGAGGAACAAGUGCAAGACACGAGCCUUGACGCAUUGCAACUAGCACAAGGAAACCAGGACACAAACAAGCUUGAGGUCCCAUCUGUCGACACACAAGCAUUCCUUAGCAACCAACUUUCACGGCUAGAGCAACAGAAGAAAGAGGACGAGAAGACAACCAAGGAGAACUCGUUUGCGCAAGUUGCUACGGAUGAUAUAAUUAGUGAUCACAUUGGGCCAGUGCAGUUCAACAUGGGUGGCAUCCAGGUUGAUGCUGACGACAUGGUGCAAAGACUCAAGGACCGACAAGCCUAUGGACAGUCACCUGAGCCACUUGCUUUUGACGACGAAGCAGAGGCUGAACCGGCGCCGCAGGUGGAUACGGAUACAUUGGCAAAAUUCUUCGGCAAUCUGAUGAACAGGAAACCAGCUUCGGGCGGGCCGCUCGGCCAAACGUAACAUGCGCUUAUGCUUAGAACAGGCGGCCGAUUAAACAGUAGUGCCAAGGCGACGCAAUCUCGACAACAUGCUGUCCAGCCCCUGGAGACAGGCCCUAUAUCAGCCUAGUUCAAGGAUCUCGCAAAGGACGCAGAGACUUGUGUGGACCAGGAAAUAUAAGGUGCCUCUCCAAUGCCCCUAUUUCGUCUGUAUCAUCAACAUAGUCUCGGACGGUACCUGGCAAUUCUGCACAAGUAGAAGAGGAUUGAAGACCAAUAGCACUACACGUGAUGCAGCAUAUUCUCUGGCAUUUUGGAGUCUUUUUUUUUUUUUUCUUUGCGAGGAUUGUCUAAGAAGCCCUGUAUUAUGUCCAAGAGUGUGGAAUUAGAUACCCCCCCAAUCGGUUUAAAGUGAGAUAUAUAUGUUCCAAUGGCUACAUAAGUGAAGAAGCGAGUAUCCCGUCUCGUACUUUUCGGUGCUUGUCCCCCUGAUAGCUGUAGUAGCAUACCUAUCUUCUUGUCCUCGUUACUCUACCAUACUACAUGCAAAUAAUAACAUGUCGUCUCGCCUACAUAUCUCUUAGUCACUUGGCCAAGUCCAUGUACGGUAUGUAGUUAGCCAUGAUGGCCGUUCCAGGGAUGCCG